AUGGAGAUACCGGUUAUAAAUAUUGCAAAAAUACUUUCUUUGAGAUCGGAAAACGAAUCCAAUAUCGGGUAUUCCGAUUCAGUAAAAGUAGGUGAAAAAUUAGUCAAAUCAUUUUCAACUCAUGGAUUUGCAUUAGUCGAAAAUCACGGAAUUCCUAAAGAAAAUAUUGAUGAAAUUCGCUCUUUAUCUUACAAGUUUUUCGCAUGUGACUUGGAUUAUAAAAUGAAGUUUCUCUCUAAAAGUGGAACCACGUUAUGUUAUGAUCCGGUUGGAAGUCAAUUUGCUACACCUGGACGACCUUUUGAUUAUCAUGAAUGCUUUCGUGUGCCGUCAUGUGCUUAUGAUUGCGACUGGCCAAAUAUUAAGGAACUGAAAACAAAAUGUCAACAAUUUGAAAAAGUGUGUAACAUGUUGCUUCUUCGUCUGCUCACAUCUAUUGGUCAAGGAAUGGGUUUGAAAGAUUCUCAAUUAUUCCUCAGGUAUCACAAAAAAAUUGGACACAGUACCAAUACGACCAGACUAAAAUUUGUUCAUUACCCUCCAAUACCUGAUGACGUUGUAAUUCAGGAAUACCAGCUUCGAGUUGGGGAACAUACUGAUAUCGGCUCCCUGACCAUUUUAUUUCCGGACGGUGUUGGUGGCCUACAGAUAAAAAGAAGGGAUGGAAGUUUUAUGGAUGUACCCUACAUUCCUGGAACCGCCAUUGUCAACGUUGGUGACAUGCUACAGUACUGUAGUGGAAGGAGAUUGAAGUCCACCGUUCAUCGAGUAGUCAUACCAGAAGGAACAGCUAAUCGAGCAAUCUCCAAACUGACAGUUGGAUAUUUCGGUUGCAUGGACAAUGAGGCCGAGCUCAGAAAAGUGGAAUUCAACGAUGCGGAACUCAACAGUGAAACCACAAAAUCGAUGGAUUUCAUCAAAGCGGGUGAUUUCUUCAACAAGCGAUUCAACGGUUUUGUGAACUACGACUAA